UGAGGCAGACUGACUGACAGUGAGAGAGACUAGUCUGGAAGACAGAACAAAAAAGGAAGUGACGUGACCCACGUGUGAGAGCCAGCAAACAGAGAGAGAAAAAAAAGUGUAUUGCGCCAGGGAUGGAACAAGGAAGUCAUGAGCAGAAGGGUGUGGUCGACUAACUAAUGGUUCCUGACGGACACACAGAGGAAAGGGACCGUGUAUGCUGCUCUGGAACAAGCUCUGGAACUACGCAACAACUCAGGAUGGACACCAAGAUUCAGCUGAGCUGGACGGCAGUAUGUCUGUUUCUCACACUACCAGGUGCGCCUACACAUGCCUCCUGUCCUGUUGAGCUCAAGCCUCCCAGAGUAGUGGUGAGGUAUGGAGACUCAGUCUCAGUCAACUGCACAUCAUCCACAGACCCCGAAGGGAUGGGGUGGGAGGCCACGUCCGGAGGUACAGAAUUGCAUGAAAAUGUCAACCUUGUCACCUGGACUGUGGAAAGCCUCAUAGACUGGACAAUAGAACCUAAAUGCUACAUCAAUCCACAAAAUGGAAGUCAGUGUACUGAGACUCUCCCUGUCAUUCUCUACAAGACUCCAGACAGCGUGUCUAUCUCUCCUCUGAGCCACUCUGGUCCAAUGAUGGAGGGGAAGGAGUACCAGCUGCAGUGUGACAUCCAGAACAUCGCUCCUUUACAGAACCUGGUUGUGAGGUGGUACAAAGGGAAUGAAACUAUAGAGACUCAAAGGUUUAAUGACUCCACAAAGGAAUCAGUGAAUAUGUCCUCCACUAUCACCAUCACCCACAGAAGAUAUGAGGGUGAAGUAGAGUACAGAUGUGAGGCAGAGCUGGACCUGGGACCAGAGGAACCAAAACCUUCUGCCUUAUCAAAACCUCUUAAAGUUACUGUUUACUUGACACCCUCUCCAACCACCUCUGAAAAUACCAUCAAGAGAACCAUCGCUCCUCUUGUUGCCUGGGAUGCAAAGUGGGAUGAAGCAUUCAAUUAUGGUGGUAAAAUAUGCCGGAUGCCUAGGUGUCAUGUGGGCACAGGGAAGUCGUACCAAGUGGCCAGAGAGUAGUGAGGGGACAAACGUGUUACUGAGUGGCCUCAAGAAGAGUUCAUCAGAGGGACAUGGUGAAACAACACUGAUACAACAGACCUUAUCGACCAUGUGCGUGUGUAUGUGUGUGUGAAAACGUUGUUGGACUAAUCUCUGAGUCUCUCAUUUCAGAGAUAAGAACGUGAGAUGUGUUUCAUGUGCCUUUCCCACAGACUCACUCAACAUUAUGAAAUUACCCCUCCCUCACUCUUCUAAAGACUUACCUGUAGUUUUGAAUGCAAGUUUUAUUAUACUUUGGCACUCAUGUUUCUAUGUAUAUUUUCAAAUGCUUCCAAAAUGUUACAGAAUACAUACUGUAGAUGUUACGUAGCUCAGAGGCGCCCCCAAGAGCACUGGAAGAGAUACUGAUCCUUUUUUCUCUGAUAUUCCAGAGAUGGCAAUUUCAUGCCUAGCUUUUCACAGAUUUUCAUGUAGAUUUUAUCUGUAGAUUUGUCACCAACGUGGAUGACAUUUUCUAUAAUAAAUCACAUACAUGUCC